AAGACGUUAAGGGAAUAAGUUCAGUACAAAAAAAAAAAAAUAAAUAAUAAAUAAAAAUCAAAAGUGAAAGUGAUGCGAUGGCGGAAUUUAAAAAAAUGGAACAAAUGUUUUGUUUCAUUUUAGUACUGCUACAAAUUCUAGUUGGUGGCGUCCAAGCAAAUGGAUACUAUACAAUAGUAGCACCCGGUACCAUACAAUCCGCUACUGAAUACCGUGUAGCGGUUGCAGCUUUCGAUACCUACGAAACGGCACGGAUAAAAAUCGGAAUAUCUGGUCCAUCGUACAAUGAAACCAAGACGAUUGAAAUUCCGGUCAUGGGAUCACAACUGGUUGACUUUGAGGUGCCCAAAUUGAGGGAAGGCAUCUAUGAGCUACAGACCGAGGGUCUUCAGGGCCUGAUCUUCAGACGAAAUGCCACUUUGAUUUUCGAACCCUACUCCAUCAAUGUUUACAUUCAAACGGAUAAGGCCUUGUAUAGACCAGGAGAUUUAGUACAAUAUCGUAUUAUAGCCUUGGAUGCUGGUGCAAAACCUGCCAGAUUUUUCGAACCGCUAACAUUGGUGAUAAAAGACAGUGAGGGAAAUCGAAUAAAGAAAAUCAAAAAUUUGGAAUUCUCCAAGGGUGUUCAUAAGGGAAAGCUGCAAUUAUCGGAGCACACAAUGCUAGGGAAAUGGUCUAUUGAAAUUUUAGAUGUCGAAGAGCCACGAGAUCAACCGCAAGUUCCAAUGUACCCCGGUUUUUCAAGACAUCCCAACCCCAAUAUCCUACCAAAGGCAAAGAGCACAAAGCACUUUGAAGUUGCCCGAUAUGUGUUGCCCAAAUUCAGUGUGGCCAUUGAAAGCGAUAAAAAGGUGGCCAUUUUAGAUCGUAGUUUCAAGAUUACGAUACGUUCAAAAUAUGUUCAUGGCCGACCGGUUAAUGGCCAUGUGAGUGUCACCGCCUACUUUGCCGGCUAUCAUGGAAAUAACGGUGGAUGGCCCAAGGCCGAAAAACAUAUGGAUUUAGUCAAUGGCAAGGCUGUGACGGAAUUCCAUUUCAUGCAGGAUAUUAUUUUGGAACAGUAUCAACCCGUAUUAAACCUAUUGGCCAUAGUUACCGAACAGCAUACGGGAUUGCAACAGAAUAGCACCACAACAAUUGAACUUGAUGUUGCCCGUUAUAGCAUCGAUGUUCCCCAACUGGAGACUAGCUAUGUGGCCAAUAAACCCUUUGAGAUUCGAGCUAUCAUUAAAAAGCUCAACGGCCAACCGAUCACCAAUGCCCGGUGUACUGCUAAACUGCUAUUAGACUAUCAACCCGACAACUAUCGUUAUAAUCAAUUUCAAACCCUAAUUUUCGAAGCAGAUGUAGAUCGAAAUGGUCUGGCCAUAUUUAAAUUAAAUUUCACCCGACCCACUUAUUAUACGGCUGCCAUAAUGUAUGAAGAAAAAACCCAAGCCAUUGGCGGUUUUGCUGUUGUGGAACCCAAUGCGUGGGAUGUAAAGGAGAAACCAAAGCAUUCAGCACCUGGUCAUGUGACCACGGUUAGAUCUGCCGUGGGGCCACUAAAAGUAUCCUCCCGCACAAAUAAUCUCAAACUUGGUGAAGAAAUCGUUCUCGACAUUGCAUCAGAUGACCCCCUGCCAUAUUUCUGUUAUACCAUAAUGUCCCGCGGUAAAAUAGUCCAACAUGAUGUGGUAACCGUUGGCGGCGGUAGGAAAUCGUACGAGCUGAAGAUUCAGCCAACAUUUGAAAUGGCGCCCGAAGUAAAAAUAUUUGCAUAUUUGAUCGAUGAUGGUGAAAUGAAAUCGAGCACAAUGACUCUCAAGGUGCCGGGAACAUUUAGGAAUCAGUUGUUAAUCGAUAGUCCCUUAGCAGCAAAUGCCAGCGAUGAGAUCACUUUGAACAUAAAAACCGACCCAGAUUCCUAUGUGGGUCUGCUGGCCGUUGAUCAGAGUGUUUUGCUAAUGAAAUCGGACAAUGAUCUAAAUGGGAAGGAAAUUUUCAAAGAUUUGGACAAAUUUCAAUCACAGUCUCCGAACAGCAAUGGCCGUCAUAAUAUGUAUCCGGGUAAAGAUUCGGGUUUUGUGACAAUAACAAAUGGUUGUUAUCAACAUACGGUUGUCAAUCACUAUGCAGAACGGCAACACUAUUACCCUGUUGGUAUGACUGCCAGUGCUCCAGCUAGUAUGUCGUAUUCUGCACACAGAGCAACAGGUGCUUCAUACGGAGCACCGAACCAAUUGUUCGUAAACACUUUGUGGAGACAUGGAUUUUCGAUGAUAUUGAAAGGUGAGUUGUUUAACACCGAUUCCAAUGGCUGGGCGAAUUUUACCAAAACCAUACCGGACACCAUGACCUCAUGGAUUAUCAGCGGAUUUUCUCUGAACGAAAAAACAGGAUUUGGUAUCACCGAGAAGCCCAUCAACAUAACCGUCUCCCAUCGCUUCUUUGUGACCACAAGCCUUCCCUAUGCCGUGAAACGCGGUGAAAUUCUCCAAAUACCUGCAGUGGUGUUUAACAAUAUGAACGUGGAUGUCGAGGCUGAAGUAAGUUUGGAAAAUUCCCAUGAUGAGUUCGAUUUCGUCAAUGCUCAGGGUGAGAUUAUGACGGAGCCAAGACUAAGUCAUCAGCUGGAGGUGAAAUCAAAUUCGGAGGCCAGUGUUUCAUUUAGGAUCUAUCCAAAGGUAGUGGGUGAAAUAACAUUGACAUUGAAAGCCAUCAGUCCGUUGGCGGGUGAUGCAAUACAACAAAAACUCAAGGUCGAACCUGAGGGUAUAACUCAAUAUAAGAAAGAGGUUCGGUUUUUGAAUUCAAAGCAAUCGGAGUCUUUGAGCCACACUUUUGAAGCCCAAAUACCCUCAAAUGCAGUGGGUGAUUCGGAAUAUUUGGAAUUAAUUGCGGUUGGUGAUAUUGUGGGUCCAGCCCUGGAAAAUUUUGAGAACACGGAAAAAAUGCCAUUUUUUGGUGGUGGAGCGGAAGACAAUAUUAUGGUAUUCACUCGGAAUCUUCUGAUUUUGCAAUAUCUGGAAAUCAUGCAGUUGGAAAGGCCCCAGCUCAAGGAGAGUAUUAAAAGUAACAUGGAAACUGCCUAUCAGCGGCAGCUAAGUUAUAAACUUGCCAAUGGUGGCUACUGCCGAUUUAGUCGUUAUUACUGUCGCGAUCAAACGGACAAUCGCGUGACAGCUCAGGUUGCUCGAUCCUUUAUCCAGGCUCAAAAGUACAUAACCAUCGAUCGGAAAAUCAUUGAUAAGGCCUUGGAAUAUUUGGCUGACAUGCAAACUGCCAAUGGGGGCAUUGCUCGAAGUGGAUACAAUUUCGAUGGAAGUGAAGGUAUGAUCGAAACUACAGCCCAUGUCCUGCUGGCCUUCCUCGAAGAUAAGGACUACAGGACACGGUAUAGACAACAAAUCAGCAAAGGUGUCCAGUAUUUGGCACACAACUCCCACGACAUACCCGAUAAUUCUAGCCUGGCUCUGACAUCGCUGGUAUUUCAUAAAGUCAAUCAUCCUUCAUUAACCCGAUCGUUGGAACAUUUAGAUUUUCUAUGGACAUAUUGGUCCACCUUAAACCUAAGACAUGAGAGGGACGAUUUGGAAACUAUGGCCUAUUACCUGCAAAUAUUAUUGGAAACAUCGGUAACUUCGGCUGAUGAUAAUCGAUUACUGGCCAUUGUCAAGUUUUUGAUAAAUCGUGACAAUAAUCAAGGAGGUUAUGCCGCCGGCGCUGUCACUACGCUGGAGUCCUUAGUUAAAUUUGCCCAGAAAUAUAAUACCGCCGCCAAGGAUAACAUCAAUAUUCAAUUCGAAGCCAGAAAUCAAGCCGAAACAUUGGUCAGCCAGAACUCAUUUCAGAUUAAUGGCGAAGACGAUAUUCAUUUGAAAUCAUUUGAGUUGCCGAAAGAAACUCGAAAAUUAUCUGUGUCCGCCCAAGGCGCGGGUAGUGGUCUCCUGCAGUUCACAUAUCGCUACAACGUUAUGAGUGCGGAGGAAAAUACUGGUUUUAACCUGACCUAUGAACUUCGUAGCGAUGACUCAAAGGACUAUUUACAGAUGACUAUUUGUGCCGAAUACACUCCCCUCGAUAUUGAAGGAGAAGAAGAAGAAGAUGGUAUCGCAUCAAAUAUGGCUGUUAUGGAUAUCCACUUACCAUCCGGCUAUAAAAUACAUGAAAACGUUUUGGAAAAACUCUUGGAUGUGGAACGAAUACAAAAUGUUAAUGGCCUCAACGAGAAUACCAUGAUUCGUGUCUAUUUCGAUUCCCUGGCGAGGGGACAACGUCAAUGUUUGACUACCACGGCUGAUAGAUAUCAUCAGGUUGAGAAACUGCAACCGGCUGUCAUUACCAUCUAUGAUUAUUACGAUAUCACAAAGAGAGCAAUGAUUUUUUACGAUAUUAAGAAUGCCCUCUCGGUGGAGUAGAGAUCCCAAUAAUCAAAACGAAAUUGUGAAAUAGAGACAGAGAGAGAGAGAGAGAGAGUAACCGAACAAAGUAAUGACCAACAGAUGGAGCGAUCAAUUGGCACGUGCCAUUUCUUUGUUUCAAAUAUAUGAUCUAUAUUUAUCUAAAUAUAUACAAUAAAAACAACAAUUCCAAGUUA